AUCAAUUUGAAAUGCUUUCAGCUGAGAUACUUAAAGUGGGUUCGGGCGAUGUUGGCAAGAAAUAUCCAGGCGGCGAAACUGCUGCUCUUGAGCUACUCCACUUGCGGGUUCAGCUGGAGGAGAAGACGUUUGCGAAGAAUGAGUUUAUGCCAAACCAGACGGUUCCGGACCUCAUGGGAAAACCUAUGAGUAUGAGUCCAUACCUAAGAUUUGGAUGCAUCUCAGUUCAUCGAAUGUUUUGGAUGAUCCGAGACACAUACUGCAAAGUAAACUCUGCUGAGGUUGCUCCAACGUACUUGACAUCUCAACUUAUCUGGCGGGAAUUCUUCUAUACGAUGUCCGCUACUAACCCAAUGUACAACCGUAUGAAAGGCAAUCCAAUUUGUCUGCAGAUAGAUUGGUAUGACGAUGACGAAAGCUACCAAAAAUGGGUUCAGGGAAAGACUGGUUUCCCGUGGAUUGAUGCAAUCAUGAUUCAACUGCACAAGGAAGGCUGGAUACAUCAAGUGUGUCGCCAUGCUGUUUCGUCGUUCUUAACUCGUGGUGAUCUGUGGAUCAGCUGGGAAAAAGGAUUUGAUACUUUUGAGAAGCACCUCCUAGAUGCAGAUUGGAGCGUCUGUGCUGGUAAUUGGAUGUGGUUGUCCAGCUCUGCUUUUGAAAAAUUUUUGCAGUGUCCCAACUGCUUCUGUCCAGUUCGUUAUGGCCGCAGAAUGGACCCUUCUGGAGAAUACAUCAAGAGUUUUCUGCCUGUUCUGAAAAACAUGCCUCUGAAGUACCUGUUUGAGCCUUGGAAGGCACCACUGAAAGUACAAGAGGAAGCCAAGUGCAUUGUGGGUAAAGAUUAUCCUAAGCCAAUGGUGAAACACUCUGAUGUGAGCAAACGCAACAAAAAGCAUAUGAAUGAUGUUAUGCAGGUAUUUAAGGACAUAGUGGUAAAUCACUGCGCUCCAUCCAGUGAGCAGGAAGUGUAUGACUUAACCUGGCUGCCAGAAAUUGAUCUGGAAAGACCUACUAAAUGCACAGCUGACGAGUUCUGUACGAAAGUGCACUAGAAAGAACAACAUCGACAACUAAAUCUCGCAAGCAAAAAACUAAGCCCCAUCAGUUGCACUAGCACCUUGAAUAUUGGAACACAGCUCGAGAUUGAAUAGUAUAAUAAUUUGAGUAUCACCAUAGAAAACACUCAUCUUCAUCAAUGUGCACGUAACUAAGACACACACAGGGACACACCCACAGCUCCUCACUUCAUAGACAGCGUACACAUAACUCCAUAGACAAUGGAGUGGAGAUGUGUAUACAGUAUAAAACACAAAUAACUCCAUGAACAACACUCAUAUACCUCCCCAAACCAUGUGUACUUAAUUAAAAAUGCACACAUGUAACAGUUGUGUACUACAUUAUUGAAUAGACUUGCACCAUUUCUAUGUGCUUGCUCAAAUAAACAGCUUCAUAGUAAAA